AGUGACAAAGAUCACCCGCACUCCGCUGCACCGCCCCGAGGACGAUGGCCGGGUCUCCUGCACUGCUCCUCCUGCUCAGCCUGGGGCUCUGUGAGUAUGGAAGCGGGAAGGAUGGAAUUCAGGGGCGCUCAGUGACUGCGCAGGGAAACAGGAACGGUGGGACUGCAGUGUGAUACACAGCAGGAACAGAGCCUGUUCAGACAGGUGUUGUCGGAGGGGAUAGGCAUGGGGAAAAAGGCGGCGUGAGGCAGUUGUUAGAGGGAAAAAAAUCUGGAUAAGCUGGGAAAUGACAGCAGCCCCAAGAAGGAAUCUUAAGGGCUACUCUGAAGGGCCACAUCCAUCUUGAGAGCCUGGCGCUCUCAAAGCUUGGUCCCCAGGGACUCCAGCACAGCACACAAGUGUGCUAGAUGCUGAGGCCCUCCAUCUGCAUUCACCAUCACAGCCCAGCUGGCUGAAUGCCUGCCACACACCGCACCAGCAGGGAAGAGCCCUGCCCAAAGGCCCCAGGAGCUCUUCCUGAUCAGAACCUGAGCACACACGGCCAACUUCUGCCCGCAGGCUGCAACGUCGCCCAGGGACAGAGGAACAUGAUGGCAGUCAGAUUCUUCAACAGGAACAUGAAGCACCCCCAGGAAGGACAGCGGCUAGAGCUGGAGUGCCUGCCUUACAACAGAGAUACAGGUAUCUCCUGGAUCCAUCUAGACAAGGAUUGGAACCUUCACUUCAUUGUCUCCAGUACCCCUGUUCCCAGGAACACCUUCCAAGGGAACAAGAGAACAUCUCCACAGUUUGAAGCACGCUGGACAGGAAACUUCUAUCUGCUGGCAGUGAAGAACUUCACAACCCAGGAUGAGGGAAUCUAUUUCUGCACAAGCAACAUCAACCAGGUGCUGCACUUCAGCUCGGGACAACGCGCCUUCUUCCCAGUCGCAACUACAGCGGCACCCACCACAACCGCAGCCACCACCCCCAGCAGCCAGGCCACCAAGAAGGACAACUGGCACAGCAGAGAUCCAGCAGAACACAUCACACACACUGCCAUCACACGGAGCAGCCAGGACACCACGAAGGACAACUCACAACAGGGCCCGCAUGCAGGAACAAGCCACAACAACAUACCAAGUUUCUACUGCAAAAUGGUCAUGUGGGUUAACCUGGCUUGUGCCUGCCUCCUGCUCCUCACUGCCAUAACCAUCACCAUCACGCACUGCCAGAGUAAGUCCCCAGUGAAAGUAAGUACCAGGGAAGAUCCAUUCGCUGCAUUAAUUUCUGCAGCAAGCAGCACUAAUGCUGAAGCAGAGACUGUGACACAACACCGGCAUUUCCUGCAUAUCUCUGGCUCAACAUUGUUGUUCACUGAAAGCAACCUACAGUACUGACAGAGAAGCAAAGUGGGAAGGAGUACCAUAAAGGAGUACCAAAAGAUUGAUGCUGAAGGGCUCUAAGUCAGCAUAAAGCAACCACAGUGCCUUUAACAGACUCUGCCUUAAAGCAGAACUCAGUAUUCUUCAUUGUUGACAAACCUCCAUUUCAAAUGCAAGAUUGUGAUUUAAGAGUAUAGUCAGAGAUCUUCAUUGAUACUUUGUACUCCUCCUUGCUAAACAGACCUGAUGUUCCCAUGCUAACAGCAGGAAGCAGUGCUGUAAUGAACGCAGCCACGUGUCACACACGCUCACCACAAGCCCAUCCCUUGCAGGACCAAGCUCACCGUAAGCAAGCAGUGCUGCAUCGCUGCUCAGCAGAAGGCACACAGGCAUCCUCCUCAAGCACCACACGGAUCCCAUCAGCAACACACACAGCUGCCCUGAUGGAGCGCGGGCAUUUGGCUGCUCCUCCUCUGCUGCCCACCAGCACUGCACACCUCCCGCAGCCUGACAUGUGCUCCUGCCCCACACUGCUGGGACACACCCAGACCGCGGGGGACAGUGCUGACCCUAAGAAGCCGGGCAGCUCUGUGCCACCGGGGAAAAGAGCUGUGCGCUGUGCUGGACAGCUGAGCCUUCCACAAGAUGACCAAUAAACCAACCAUGUCAAUACUCAGAA